CCCUGGGUUCGGUCCCCAGCUCCGGAAAAAAAAAAAAGAGUGUGACUUCAGGUCACCUGCCCUCCAUACCUAGGAAUUCCGUGCGCUCUGGAGGUCACCUCACCAAGAUCUAGGUGGUAACGAUGUUCAGGAACGCUAGGGUGAUGUAGGAAAUACCUUUGAAGGAAAUACUUAAAUGAGAUGCGCUCCCUUUACCUCUGCCACACCUCCUGGUGUGGUGUCCCCAGUGUGGAAUAGGACUCAGGCUCCGCGCCUGCCAGGCAAGCCUUCUGCCAACUGAGCCACAUCCCCAGCCCCAAGAUGGCCUUUUCCUAAUGGGAUGUAGGAGCUCGCUGUCCUGAGGACCGAGGCUAGCAAAUCAGCAGCUUCCCUUCUUCAUUUAAAAAACGGUUCGUUUAAAGAAGGGUCUGUCUAUAAGCCUGCGCGCCCAGUCAACCCUGCGUAGCGACCGUCCUCCCCUCGGGGAUACCCACUGCCGGCCCUCAGGGCCCCGGGCGCAGCCCCUUUUGGCACCGGGACUCCCAGGUGCCCGGCGCGAAGGCGGAGCCGGACUGCAGCCGCCUGGGUGGCGCCACCGAGACCCCCGGGAGUUCCCGGGUCCCAGCGCUCCCGCUGUGACUCCCGCAGCAUCCCCGGCCGCGACACCAGCAUCCCCCGGACCUCUCCGGCCGCGCGCAACCCGCGGACGUCACCACCAUGAGCGCGGGGCCGCAAUGGCCGGCGCCCCGCAGCCUGCCUGCGCUCUGCGCCGCGCUGCUCCUGCUGGCUCUGCAGCCGCCUCCUGUGCGAGCCGAGGGGAAGCUCUUCGUGCUGGACUCUCAGAAUGGCUCUCAGGGUCUGGACCUGGAGACGGCUCGACAGUCCUGCAAGAGCAGGGGUGCCCACCUGGUGUCUGCUGGAGAGCUGAAGAGGGUGGUUCAGGACUGUGCCUCCGCGGUGUGCACGACAGGCUGGCUGGCUGAUGGUACCCUCGGGACAACGGUGUGCAGCAAAGGGAGCGGUGAACAGCCAGUCUUGAGGGCUAUAGACGUGACAAUUGACAGCCACCCAGUUCCCGGUGCCAAGUACAAUGCUCUUUGUAUUAAGGACGAAGAUGAGGCCGAGGCCCAUAUUGACUAUGAAGAAAAUUUCCCUGACGACAGAUCCGUGUCAUUCAGGGAACUCAUGGAAGACUCCCGGGCAGAGGGAGAAAAGGAAAAGGCUCAGGAAGACGCCUCUGAUGAGACACCAAAACAAGAUCGUCUGGUCUUCACUUCUGUCUCUAAAGAAAAUAUAGCCCAGGAAAAAGCCUUUGUGCCAACCACAGGUUUGCCAGGCGCUGGGAGCAGCUUUCACACAGACUGGCCAAGAUCCCGCCUACACCGGAAGUACUCACUCUGGUUUCCGGCUGAGACUUUCCACAAGUCAGAGCUGGAAAAGGAUGUGGACGAUGAGACCAAAGAGCCACUUCCUGCCAGAGACACUCACAGUGAUGAGAAACCGGCCCCAGAGGAGUCUGAAACGAGGCUGGUCUAUGCCACCACUUACAGCCCCUCAGAGCCAUUUGCGGAUAGGAAUGACAGCAAGGCGGAGGACAUAGGCGUGAGCAGCAGCGAUGAUUCCUGGUUAGACGGCUACCCUGUGACAGACGGGGCUUGGAGGAAGGUAGAAGCUGGGCAGGAGGAUGACGAGGAUAAGGGGGAUGGGUCAGUGGGACCAGAUGACAGUGUCCUCAUGUCUCCUGAUCAGCCUAUCAAGAAUGUCACGGUCAUAUCAAGCGAAUCCGUGAUAUACAGUUCAAUCAGUCCCUCUCAAAUGCUGGACGUAGAAGCUCUCGUUCCGGGACCCAUCAAUGUGUCUGAGACUGAGCGUCCCCAUACCGGGGAUGCUGAUUUGACCAAUUAUCAAUCAACUAUACCCCGAAGAGUCACCACACAGCAGUCACCCAUGGCCACCUCACCCUCUGAACUGACCACCUCCACCACCCAAGAAACAGUACUAACAACCCUUCAGCCAACACAUAAACACAGCCCCUCCAGUAAUGUGGAGGCCACCCAGCCUCCAGCGGAGGUCACAGCUCCCGAGGUUCAGGAUAACUUCCCAUACCUGCUGUCAGAGGACUUCUUGGGACAGGAGGGCCCUGGGCCUGGUGCAAGCGAGGAGAGGCUUCUUCCAACCUUGGCACCGUGUGUGGGGGAUGAAUGUCCCAGCUUCAGGAAAGGCCCGGUGAUCGCCACGAUCGUCACCGUCCUGUGUCUACUGUUUCUCCUCGCAGUCUCGGGAGCCGUGUGGGGCUACCGCAGGUGUCAGCACAAGAGCUCUGUAUACAAGCUGAACGUUGGACAGCGGCAGGCUAGACACUACCACCAGCAGAUUGAGAUGGAAAAGGUCUAGCCUCUGCCAGCAGGGGCUCUCACAAAGCCACUUGGAGGAAGAUUAACUGUGACUGGUCACACUGAUAAUUCUUGGGGUCUGAGGUUGGAAAGGCUUCAUUCUCUAGAGUUCAAGUCUUUCUUCUACAUGCUGAGAAGUGUCUAGGGAGGUGCCUAAAGGGCAGAAAGGGGUUGGUGACGUCAUCACAUAUGUCAAGGUCUCCUCAACCAGUUGUCCUGGAAUUCACUGCCCAAAUCCCAGACCUCUGCUUUGGCCCUAUUCCAAUACGAGGUUGGGGUGUUGCUGUCUUAAAGUCACCAUUUGUUUCGUCUGUAGAGAAUCACAAACUCCAUGCCCUGAAAUAUUUGAAAUCAUUUUGAUAAGCUGAGUGUUUGAGAGUCAUGUUAGGAAACAAAUGUCCAAUUGUGGAGUGGGGUGGGGAGCAUAAUGGUCGUUCCCUUUUAGGUGUUGCUAAGGACAAAUGAGUCAGGAGCCGGAACAUAUUUUACAAACUUUGGAGUUUCUUUUUUUCUUUUCUUUUCUUUUCUUUUCUUUCUUUCUUUUUGCUUGUGGAAAAUGGAGAGAAUUUAAGACUGAUAUGUUACUUUGGGGAAUGGUGAGGGAACAGGCACACGCCCACCUCUAAUCCAGCCCACAGUUUUGAGACAGCCCAUUGUUUUCACUUAAGAACAAGGUAAUCUCUGUGCCAGUAAGGACAGCGAGAGGGGUCCAUGCCUGGCCCGUGCACACGAAUGCCACGGGAUUGCUACCAGGGCUGGCGGCAGAAACCCAAUUCUCGGUUUCUUCUCUCAGGGUUAAGUGUUUCUCUGAAGCCCAGUAAGAAGAAAUGAUUUGGAAGCGAGGACAUGUUUGAAGAAGCCCAAAGACUGCUUUAUCAAAUGUGGGCACUGUUUGAUGGUGGAAGAGAAAAAGCAAACAUGAAUUCCCUGGGCUGAUCCAUCCCAGCCGUGGCUUACCCCAGUGACCACCAAGUGGUAGCCAACGGACGGUGCUUCUAGAAAGAUGGUCCUCCGACCAGGGCUGCACCGGGAAUGCGUUGGAGAUGCAGCUGGGCUAGCUCUGAGCUGUCUUCAGGUAGCUCUGAUGUGCUGUGUUGAUGGCAAGAACCGCCGACUUCUGUCAUCUGUGGUGAUCUCGGAACCCAGGAAGGCCUGGAGACAGGGAGGUGAGAACUGCCUGUGCCCUGUCCUGUCUCACUUGGCCUCGGCAUCUCACAGCAGCAUGGAAAGUGUCACCUCUGGCUGUCUCCAGGGUGUUGACUCAGAAGUAAGCACACCAUGGUUUUCUUUCUGUAUUACGUCCUUGAAGGUGUGAAAGUGACGGAGGCCGUGCAUUUUUUUUUCCCCUGAGGCUCCACGGCCCUGUCUGGUUUUGUAUGGCACCAGAGAUCCUGAUCCGUGUUUUUGUUGGUGGUAGUUUCGCAGGUGAAACGUAGGUGGACAGGGAGUGCGGCUCGGUGGCAGAGAGCCUGCCUGGCAGAUGUCAGGUCCUGGGUUCAAUCUCUGGGUAUGAUGUAAACCCCAACCCUAAAACAAAAAGUUGGUGAUGGUCUUUUACCAAAGGAAGAAAAAAGAUCUCAUGAUGUAUUUUCUGCGCUGUCACCUGCUUGAGUCACGCUUUGGAAAACAACAGGUUCGAGAGCUACAGAACAGUAUAUAGCACAAUAUAAAAUCCUAGGGACCAUAACUGGGUCGCACGAAGGCCUGAGGGGGACCAGAGAGGACAUGUCUGCUUCGGAGGGGACAGAGAGAGGGAAUAAGACACUUCCUGUAUGUAGCCAAAGAAAAACUGGACAGAGCAAAUCCAGAGUGUACAUUUUUAAAUCAGAUUCGAAUCUCUUGUGAGAUAGCAUUUCUAUUUUUAUGAUUUAGUGAUGUAAAAUAACCUUCGUCUCCACACGGGGAUGGUGUAAGUAACUAACCUGGAACACUGAAUUUAUGCCAACAUGUAAGUAGAGGGUAUAAAUACAAAUGUCUUAAGUUUAUUAUAAAUUAUUAACACGCGUCAAUGCGCCCUUUCGUAGACAUGGACUGUAAAGUCAGCUCAGCGCACCAGCUCAUACAUUUUACCAAUUUGCUGUCAUCUAAAUUAAUAUGAAAACACAAGGCUGCUCGUCGGAGGGCGUGGGCGGCGAACUCACCAGGAACCUAGGCUGUCACCGCAGACGCUUUGAGGACGGUAAUGCUUACGAAAAUGGAGAGGGGGGGAGGGUUUCACUAACACAAAGCUUCUGACAUAUCUAAAUAAAGUUCUUCCCCCCCAA